AUGAAAACAGCCAAUAAAAUGGGCAUCGAGACUGUGGCUGUUUAUUCGGAUGCAGAUCGGAAUGCGUUGCAUACAAAAACGGCCAAUUAUGCAUUUCGUAUUGGAGAAGCACCGUCGUUGAAGUCUUAUUUGAAUAUGGAAAUAAUUAUAGACACGGCAAUCAAAUCAAAAUGCCUGAUAUUCGUCGGUCCUCCAGCGAAAGCAAUUGAGAAAAUGGGUGCGAAAAAUAUUUCGAAACAGAUUAUGGGUGAUGCAAAUGUACCGAUUAUAAAGGGGUAUCAUGCAGAACAACAAGACGAUGACACUCUUCAUAAAGAGGCACUCAAAAUUGGUUAUCCGGUGAUGUUGAAAGCGGUAUAUGGUGGAGGGGGCAAGGGUAUGAGAAUAGCGUGGAAUGAUGCAGAGUUUAGAGAAAAACUGGAAUCGGCGCGAUCUGAGGCGCAAAAAGCAUUUGGAAAUAACGAAAUGAUUAUUGAAAAAUUCAUAGAGAGACCAAGACACGUGGAAGUUCAGGCACCAGCGCCCGGUGUAACUAUGAGCACAAGACGACGUCUCGGCGAAAGCGCAGUGCGUGCAGCGCGCGCAGUGGGUUACGUGGGCGCAGGAACGGUGGAGUUCAUUAUGGAUCGUAGUGGAGAUUUCUACUUUAUGGAGAUGAACACAAGACUGCAGGUAGAGCAUCCAAUAAGUGAGGCAAUAACGGGUACAGAUCUGGUAGAAUGGCAGUUGAGGGUAGCACAGGGCGAACGGCUCCCUCUGAAACAAGAUGAAAUUCCCCUCAACGGGCAUGCAAUCGAGGCGAGAGUUUAUGCUGAAGACACCAAGGCUGGCUUUAUCCCUAUAGCAGUACCCGACCGCAACCGAAAGGUACUGUUCGAUCUUUGGUCUCGGGACACCGAACUUCGAUUAUCACCGAUUGGAAACCAACCGAUGUUCAAUUUUGCCAAAAGUUGGAAACCAAAAUUGCCUAUCGGUAUGGCCCCAGACAGUGCAUUCGGUCAGGCACCACCACAAAAAAUUCUUUCGAUUGGCACCAUGGGCGCGGCUUGUUUGCAUGGUGUCGGCAAGCGUGAUUUUAUGCUCAUUGGUGAUAGAGCGCAUGAAACGAAUCAUGAAGCAUCUUUAAUUCCAGGUCAUUUGAAACAUUUAUCGUUCCCUAACAUUGCUCGAAUUGACACAGGCGUCGUGGAGGGUGACGAAGUAUCUGUGCAUUACGAUCCGAUGAUAGCGAAGGUAAUUGUAUGGUCGGAAGACCGUGAAAAGGCCAUAUCAAAGCUGUCAAGGGCACUGCAACAGACGCAUAUCGCCGGUCUCGCAACGAAUGUAUCUUUUGUGCGUAAUGUACUGAAUCAUCCUGAAUUUAUCAGGGGUAAUGUGUAUACGGAAUUCAUAGCAGAUCAUGAGAAAGAUUUAUUUGGUGACGAAGGAAGGUCAAAAAUGGAGAAAUAUGAAGGUGUAAUAGCGAGUUUAUUAUUUCAACAGAAUAACAUGAUAUCGAGUAAUAGUAAUCCGUAUUUAUUCAAUGAUUACUUCAGGUUGAAUAUGACUGCAAAAGAAACCGUCGAAUUGGACGGGGAAAAGUAUGAACUGGAAAUAAGUAAUAAAAGUGUUAAUAUUUACAAUAGUAAUAAUAUAGAUAGCAGUAAAAUAAAUAUGAUUAUUGGUGAAGUGAAGAGAGAUAACGAUGUUAUCUGGUUUACAAUUCAUUGCGAUGGUGAACGAAUCGAGAGGAAGGCAGUUUUAUGUGAUGAUAAAAUUGUGGUAUUUGGCACGAAUCAUCAUGAGUACAGAGUACCGAAAUCAGAUUUGUAUGAAUCUGAGAUAAAAGCUGAUAAUCAGUUAUUUGGGUGUGCACCGAUGCCAGGGGUAAUAGAGAAAAUAUUGGUGAAGGUUGGGGAGAAGGUCUCGAAGGGGCAGGCCCUUAUUGUGAUGGUUGCGAUGAAAAUGGAGUAUAUUAUCAGGUCGGGGCUUUUUUGUUUAUUUAUUACUAUUGUUAUCAUUAUUAUUACUGUUGCUGUUAGUUAUUAUUAA